AUGGAGUGGCUCCCAGAGCAUUGGAGCAAGGAUAAGAUCGUACUCUUCAAGAGGGCAAAUGGUUCAGUGGCCGGCCAUCCUUUCAUCACCGCGGAGCUCACGAAAGCUCAAGGCCAGGUCCUUCAAAACGCGGUUCCGAGCAGAUCACACAGCUUGAUAAGGAACCAGGAGGUAUUCUGUUUUGGCCUAGUACUGAUCGAGAUUGCUCUAGGGAAGUCUUUCGAAGAGCUGAGAGCUCCUGGCACACCAAAGGAUCCACUGUGCGACCUGAGUGAAGCGGCUCGAUUGGAGGAGGAAGUAUACCUGACCGCAGGUCUUCGUUAUGGCGACGUAGUCCGGAGAUGUAUUCGAUGCGACUUCGGUGAGCGCGAUAAUGGAUGGGACGACCCAGCCUUCAGGAAGAAGUUCUACGAGGGUGUUGUUGCUGAGCUCGCACAGGAUACGGCAGACCUCGAGCAUUUGCGAUGA